GGAUUUUUGUACGCUGAACUCCUUUAGUGUCAAUGAACUAUUCACACACUCGCUUAUUGCAUGUUGACUACGCAGAACCGGACAAUAGAACAAAUUCUUACAGGUGGUAUAUACACAGUUUACGACACUAUGUCUAGCGCUACCUUACGAUCACGUGGCGGCAGUGGAGCCGGUGGCAUGCUCAAACAACGUAAAGGAGAAUCAGUUACGCGUGCCCCUUCCAACGCUCACGAUGUCCGUGACGAAGCGGAGCUCGAAGAGAAAUACGGCAAGGACUGCAAGUUGACACUAAUGGAUGAAAUGAUGCUAAUGGGUCUGGAUCCCAAAGCAGGAUAUACUUCAUUUUUUAAUGACUCAAUCUCUACCGGUUUGAGAGGGGCAGUCCUGAUCGAAUUGGCCCUUAGGAAUAGAAUCGGCCUCAAAACGACGAAUGGAAGUCGCAAUCUUUCCUUGGAUAGAAGGCCCGUCGUAGUGCUCGAUAGUGCCCCAACCGGCGAAGUUGUACUAGAUGAAGCGCUGAAGAACAUAGGCUCAUGUUCGGAAACAGUUGCAACCUGGAUUGAAUAUCUUAGUGGUGAGGCAUGGAACCCGCUCAAGCUGAAAUACCAGCUUCAUCACGUAAGAGAAAGGCUAUCAAAAGGCCUUUGCGAAAAAGGGAUACUGACUACGGCACAACAGAAUUUCUACGUAUUUGACGUCACUACACAUCCUGUCAUCGAUGACAAAGCACGAGAUGAAGUGACAUUAAGGCUUCAGGAUUCAUUGAUGAGUAAGUGGCAAUCGGACAAAAAUAGAAUUGAUGACAGAGAUCUGGCCCGAAUUAUAUUAGCCCAUGCUUCCGAUGUUCUCGAUCAAACGUUCUCCGAAUUAGAAGAUGAAGCAUACGAGCUUGCUACAGAGCACGCUCAGGAGAUUCUAGACGCGGAUGCCGACUACGAAUAUAGGCGAGGCGACAACUGCAACGAAAUUGUCUGGGCAGUGAAGGACUUCUUCACAGAGCUGUGAAUCGCGACUAACCCAAAUACUGCAGUGUCAAACGCUUCCAAAACUUUCCAUUCAAUGAACAUAGGCCAAACUUUUGCAACGAGGUCACCGCCGAUGCAUGCAAACUACAGUCAAGCAUGCAACCGCAGCUUUGCAUUGCUUCUACUAAAUAUAUUAAGAACAGUACAUAAACGAAGAGCGAGUACAGAGCAGACUGAAGGUUUUAAAGCCAAAUUUAGUUCAAAAUGACCGGAUAUCUAUCGUUCAUCGAAGUAAGUAGCAAUCACUCGUUGCAGUAGGUAGUUGGUGCCUA